CCCGCGAGUGUCACAUUAUGAUGUAAAAAUAGAGCUUCCGACAAACAAAGGGAGCCUCUGCCCGGCGGAGCAGAACAACCCUGAAUUCGAGAUCCUUUAUGUUGAUCCAGCAUCCCUGUGAAGUUCCCUGGAGAGCAGUCCAGCAGGGAGACACAGAGGGGAAAGUCUUCAACCGCAGAUCUUCCAUUAGCUUUCAACCCAUCAGCCCAAGGAGGGCAUACUCUGCCAACCACCUCUCUGCUGAAAGACUCCUGCAUUAUUUUUUUUCUGGAUUUCCGUGCUGGGAAGUCUCAGAUCCAAACCCUUUGCAGCUUGUCUCCUUUGCAGCUUCCCCUACGCUUGCUGCUGCCGGUCUUGUAAACCUGAUUUUGAGGUUCAUACUAGGGCACUCUUCUCCAGAGAUCCAAGUUAGAACGACUGAUCCGGAUCAGAGAUCGGUGUCAGUUCUGUUACAGUUCCACAAGGACGUUCUGGAGAUUCUCAUCAGCAGUCAAGAUAAUAAUGUACCGGACCUAUAGGGCUGCCUUUCCUAGUGGGAUGGGUACACUGAUUUUGCGUCGUUUAUGAAAAUGUUAGUGUUAGUUUCACGGUCUGCUCACUGCCACGUCUUGCGCACAUUGGGAGAAACUGGCGUCAACACCUUCGUUCUAGAUGGAUUUGAUACGGGUUGCCUGCUGGAACAAGAGAGAUUUGUAAAUAAAUAAAUAAAGCGUCUUGAUGAAGCCUUUAUUUAAUCACCGCUUGCGAAAAUUAAGACGGUAGUGUUUGGAGGGGAGGAAUACGCUUGAUUGGACCCUUGCUUUGGAAGAUUCCUUACUGCUUCCUGGCCUCCGAGACUCUGGAGUGUGGUUUUAUUUAUUUAUUUUUUGAUUUUCCUCAAGGCGUGAAGAUGGAUUUUUACCUCUUCCCGUUCGACAGUCUGAUCUGCAUCCUCCUGGGGAUAUCUUUCACUGUUUGGUUUACUCUGCUGCUGGUUUUUAUAAUCGUCCCUGCCAUCUUCGGAGUCUCCUUAGGCAUCCGAAAAUUAUACAUGAAAACUCUGCUUAAAAUAUUCAAGUGGGCGACACUCAGGAUAGAGAGGGGAGCCAAAGAAAAAAAACACCUCCUUUAUAAACCCUAUACCAACGGCAUCAUUGCCAAGGAGCCCAUGUCCCUGGAGGAGGAGAUCAAAGAGAUCCGGGGCAGCGGCAGCAGCAAAGACCUGAGCAGCCCCGAGUUUGAGAUGAGCGACAUCUUCUACUUCUGCCGCAAGGGCGUGGAGAGCAUCAUGGACGACGAGGUGACCAAGCGCUUCUCCCCGGAGGAGCUCGAGUCCUGGAACCUGCUGACCCGCAGCAACUACAACUUCCAGCACAUCAGCCUGAGGCUCACCGUGCUGUGGGGGCUCGGGCUGCUCAUCCGAUACUGCUUCCUGCUGCCUCUCAGAGUGACUCUGGCAUUUACUGGAGUGGGACUUUUGGUGGUUGGAACUACUAUGGUGGGGAUUUUGCCGAAUGGGAGAUUCAAAAACUUCCUGAGUGAAAAAGUCCAUCUGAUGUGCUACCGGAUCUGUGUGCGAGCCCUGACUGCUAUCAUUACCUACCAUGACAGUGAGAACAAGCCUAAGAACGGAGGGAUUUGCGUUGCGAACCACACCUCCCCCAUCGACGUGAUCAUACUGGCCAGCGACGGCUGCUACGCCAUGGUGGGGCAGGUCCACGGGGGGUUAAUGGGAAUCAUUCAGAGAUCCAUGGUGAAGGCGUGCCCGCACAUCUGGUUCGAGCGCUCCGAGGUUAAAGAUCGCAACCUUGUGGCCAAAAGGUUAAGUGACCACGUGGAGGACAAAACCAAACUGCCCAUCCUGAUAUUCCCAGAAGGGACCUGCAUCAACAACACCUCUGUGAUGAUGUUCAAGAAGGGGAGCUUUGAGAUCGGAACGACAAUGUAUCCAGUGGCCAUUAAGUAUGACCCUCGGUUUGGAGACGCUUUCUGGAACAGCAGCAAGUUCGGAAUGGUCAGUUACCUCCUGAGAAUGAUGAGCAGCUGGGCCAUCGUCUGCAGCGUGUGGUACCUGCCCCCUGUGACCAGAGAGGAAGGAGAAGAUGCGGUGCAGUUUGCAAACAGAGUCAAGUCCGCAAUCGCCAGGCAAGGCGGUCUGGUGGACUUGCUGUGGGAUGGCGGACUGAAACGGGAAAAAGUAAAAGGCACUUUCAAGGAGGAGCAGCAGAAGCUGUACAGUAAGAUGCUGGUCGGAAAUCCGGAAGACCGCAGCCGAUCUUGAGAAUUCCGUGUGGGAGAGGGUGCGGAAUUCUGGGAAUGACACAUUUGGGAAUACUGGCUUUCUUUAAAAGCUGAAGGCAGACCUUUUUUUUUUUUUGUGUACAAAACAAUGGGAGUGUGGGGACACGCCUUUCGACUUCCUCACGUAACUAAAAACAAACAAAAAAAUCUAAAAUACCAACACACAAAAGAAAAUGACUUUGGAAACUUGGAAAGAAACUUGUACCGUAUAAAAAGGGACUGAUAUUGAUUCCUGUAGUUUUUUUUUUUUUUUUUAUACAGAGAAGUUACUCCCUUUUUUCUUUUUUUCUUUUUUUUUUCAUUAUAUCUGAGUGAAGCUUCACAAAAGGGGAUGGAAAUGUGAAUUAUUUUAAGGAGUAGGGCACAAACAAUUCAUGCCAGAGCCACGAUGUUACUUGCUACUGCAUGAUCUUGUCUAGCUCCUCAUUAUGUUACAGAACCACUGUUGUUCUCCGAAUAGCACAGCACCUUUUUUCCCAUCUAAUAUCUACAUUUUUUUUUUGUUUUCAAUCGCACGUUGUUAUAACUGUUGUCCGCACAGAUGUUAAAUAAGGGGAAACGCUGGGAGCAACAGAGAAUAAAUCUGGAAUGUCAAGUGGAAGGCUGUUGCACGUCUUCACGGUGUGUUUGGGGGGAGUGGAUUCAAUCAAAAACUAAUGCAGCACUGUUUUGGGUUUUCACCGUUCUGUGGUGCCAUUUUAUCAAACCUGCUGUGAACACCAGUCCUUUGUUCUCCAAAAAACACUAAUGUCUGUGUUCCUCUUUGAUAACGCCACAUUUAUUUUUGUAACCAUGAUUCACGAAAAAACAGUUCACUGUA